AUGGCUCAUCUUCAUAAAAUGAUAGACAAAAAUAUUGAUAAAAGUAGUUCUGACAUUUCCUUGGAAAGACAAAAGAAUAUGCCAUAUUCACAUAAGGAGAAUAACGAUAUUAUACAGAAUUUAAAUAUAUAUCAAGAUAAAUCUCUCCCAUGUGAAAAAUAUAAUGAUGAAUAUACUUUAGUUCGUACCAUGGAUGCGUCUAAUGGUUCUAUUAAGAAUGGUAAUUCUUAUGAUAAGUUGUAUGAAGAUGUUUAUAUGAUCCGUUCCUUGAAUGCAGAUAUGGAUGAAGAAACGAAGAAAAAAAUGAUUACUUAUAAGAAUAAUUAUAUUAAUGAAGAGGGAGAACAAAUAUACAAGAAAUGUAGUUUAGAACGAUAUAAUAAUUUGCAUAAUACAGAAUGUAUUGAUCAGCAAAAUGUGAAAGUACAUGAAGUAGAAUAUUCUGAUGAUAAUGAGAAAAAUGAAAAUGACAUCAUUAGGGAAUACCAUCUUGUUAAGGAUAAUAUAAAAAAUAAUCUUAUGUUUUUGAAAAAUCAAAGCGAAUUCUUAAGAAAUAAGAAUGAGGAAUUUGAAGAAUUAAAUGAUACGAAAAAAAAUACAAAAAUUAAUGAAAAAUUUUGUGCACAAAAUUUUUUGUCCUUAAUACAGACUUUUAAAAAUAACAUACGUAAGGAAAAGGUGUUAAAUUCUGGUAAUGAAAAUAUGAUUAAUUUAAAUGAAAAUUUUUUAGAUGAUAAUAGGGACUUGGAAAACGAAUUAAAAAUGAAAGCAGAAAAAUGUAUAGAUGAUGAAAAGGGUGGUAUAUAUGAUCAUAAUAAUGAUAAUAUGGUAAAGGGUAAAGGUAGCAACGCAAAGGGAAGAAGAAGAAAAAGAAAAAAGAAUAUGAAUGAAUGCAAUGAUAAUAUAAAUAAACAAUCAAAAAUAUGCGAAGAAGAAAAAGUAGAUUUCACAAAAAAUUAUAACAUAAAUGAACAAAAUAUUAUAUUAAAUGAAAAAUAUAAUGACAACUCAUUUAAUUAUGAUAUAAACAGAAAUAAUAAAAGUAAUACAAAUAUAUAUAAUUAUAAUACAAAUGAUUUUAAAAAUAUAAAAAAUGAAGAGCAAAAUAUAAAUAAUAAUAUUUUAUCCAAAAAAAGAAAAACUGUAUCUUUUAGUAAUAUGAAUAUAGAUACAAAUAACCAAAUAUCUAACACAUAUGAAAAUAAUAUAUCUUUUAAUAAAAAUGUGGAAAAUGACAAAGUUAUAAAUAUAUAUCAAACUAAAAUAUCACACAAUCAAGAAGAAAUGGAUAAAACAAAUAAUCAGCAAAUGAAAAGAAGAUGUUAUACAAGAAACAAUAGCACAAAUGUAAGUGAAUAUAUAAGUAAAGAAGUUCUUUAUAAUUUUAUUAAAAAUAUGAGUAAAGUUGCAGUGAAUCCGAAGCAAUUAGAUUCAUCAUGUAAUGAAAUGUAUGAAGCGAAAGAAAUAAAUGAGUUUCCCAAAGGUAAUAAAAGAAAUGUACCAAAUAAUACAAAAGAUAAGGAGGAUAUAAACAAUGACAACAAUAAUAAUAAUAAUAAUAAUAAAAAUAAUAUUAAUUGUUCUUAUAAAGAUACAUUUCCAUAUUAUUUAUCCAUGAAUGAUAAGAAAAAUAGAGCAUAUACCGAAAAUGAUAACGAUACUACUAGUUGUUCAAAAGAAAAUGUUGCAUUUUAUGAACACAAUAAUAAUAAUUUAAAAAAUAUUAACAAUAUAAAAGUAUGUAACAAUAAAUCUCAUGAAAAAUAUAAUUACAUAAACACAUCUAAUAAUAUGAUAAACACCUAUAGAAAUAAUGAUAUACAUGAAGACAAAUAUAAAGAAUAUAAUAAAACAAAAAGAAAUACAAAUAAUUCAAAAGAAAAUACAAAUAAUUCAAAAGAAGAUAUAAAUAAUUCAAAAGAAGAUAUAAAUAAUUCAAAAGAAGAUACAAAUAAUAAUAAUUGUUCAGAUAAUAAUAUGAAUACUUCUUCUUAUAAUGAACAUUUUAAAUAUAUUAUUAAAAAUUAUAUUAAAAAUAAAAAUAAAGAUAAUUAUGCUCUUUUGAAUCAAGUAUUUGAAACUAAUAAAAAUAAAAGGAUAUGUAUAAAUAAUUCGGAGAAAGAGAAUCAUCUUAAGGAAAUAAUAAACAACAACAACAACAAUAAUAAUAAUAAUUAUUAUUAUUAUCAUAAGGAUAAUUUUAAAAUAUUCAGUGGACCAGCAACAGAUAAAGAAAUUAUAAAUAAUUUUAUAUCUAAUAUAAAAUCAAUGGAGAAAGCAAAAGAAAAGGAAUGUGAAGCAGAAUAUAAUAAGAUUAUAAAUAAUAAUUAUAAUAUACGAACAAAUAGCUUUCAUAAUAAUAAUAAUAAAAGUUCUAAUAAUAAUUCCAAUACAUCAGCUAUUGAAAGAUAUGUAUAUGAAAUUUUAAAUAAAUUUAAUCGUACAUAUUGUAAAGAACUAUAUAAAGAAAAUCAUGUAUAUCAAAAACAGUCCAUACAAAAUGAUAAUACAAAAAAUUUAAAAGGAAAUAAUGAUUCUUUAUAUCCAUUUUUAAAUGAACAAUCUAAAAUAAAUGAACCAGAUAAUAAAGAAAUUGCACCUACAGUUUCGAGCUGUCUAAAUGUUAGAGAAUACCUAAAAUUAAAAAAAUUAUUACAUAUAUCAAAUGAAAUUCAAGACAUAAACCAAAAUAAAAAGGAUAUACAAAAGAAGGAAGAAGAACAUAUACAUAAUAACACGGAAAAUGGUGAUGUAAUGAAUAAAAAGAUCAAUAUGUUAAAUUGUGAUGAAAAUAAACAUAAUAAUAAUAUGAAAAAUAUAUAUGAUAUACCGAACAAUUCGAACAAUUCAAACAAUUCAAACAAUUCAAACAAUUCAAACAAUUCAAACAAUUCAAACAAUUCAAACAAUUCAAACAAUUCAAACAAUUCAAACAAUUCAAACAAUUCAAACAAUUCAAACAAUUCAAACAAUUCAAACAAUUCAAACAAUUCAAACAAUUUAAACAUUUCAAACAAUUUAAACAUUUCAAACAAUUUCCAUAAUGAUCAUAAUUAUAGUAAAAUAACAGAAUAUAAUUUAACCCAAAUGUAUAAUGACUAUAUCAAUAUGUAUGGAAAUAAAAAAAAAAAAGAUUUUAUUAAAAUGAUAGAAAAUUCGUCCUUUGGACCUGCAGAAUAUGAUAACAAUUUUUCAAAUUAUAAAAUAUGUGAAGGAAUUAUAAAGAAUUUUCUUAAUAAUAAAUCUAUGAAUUCAGAUGACAAAAUUGAUCAGCAUGAUGUUAUGGAAAUAUUGGAGAAAUAUAAUAAUUAUUUGAAAUUAAGAAAUUAUAUUAUUCCAAAAAAUAUGUAUACUAUAUCAUGUGAUCAUAAAAAUGAUAAUAUAGGUUCUUGUAUUUAUUGUUCAAAAAUAAAUUUUAGGAUUUAUAAACCUUCUUCACAAAAUGAUUAUUCAAAUGAACGAAACAAUGUAGAAAAUAAUAAAAAUGAACAAGUAUUAAGGAAUCCUCUUGUAAAUAAUGAACUCUUCUGUAAUUAUCACAAGAUUCAAAUAAAGAAGUUGAAUUAUUUAUCAUUAAACAAUAUUAAUAUGAAGACUGUGCGUGAUUUAGAUUUAGUUGGAUGUACGAAUACGAGUUGUUUCUUUCAUAAAUAUCGUAUUACUGGUUGUAAUGAAAAAAAAUGCAUUAAUGCGAAUAAUAAUUAUGUUAAUUCGUGUAAUAUUGAAAGUACUAAUGAUGGUAAGGAUGAUAAUAAUGACAAAUUAGAUGGUGAUGAAAUAAAUGGUGAUGAAAUAAAUGGUGAUGAAAUAAAUGGUGAUGAAAUAAAUGGUGAUGAAAUAAAUGGUGAUGAAAUAAAUGGUGAUAAUUUAAAUAAUGAUAAUUUAAAUAAUGAUCAAUUAAAUGAUGAUCAAUUAAAUGAUGAUAAUUUAAAUAAUAAGGAUGAACCGAACGAUAAACAAAAUAGUGCAUAUAAUAAUUCAUUGAAGAGUAUGAUAGAAAAAUUUCCAAAGGAAGAAAUAAAUGAAUUGUUUCUAAAGGAGUGCAUUAAUUCGUUCAGAUUACAGAACAAUAAAAGUAGGAAACCAAAGGAAGUGUUAUUAGAUACUCAACAAUUAUUUAAUGACGAUAAUAAUUAUUUAAAAGAAAAUGUAUGCUUAGAAAAUGAUAAAGAAUAUAACAAGUGUUAUGUAAAUACACAUAAAAACAAAAAUACACCCAUUAAAGAUAUUAGAAAGAAUCAUAAUGUAAAUAGUCAUACAUUCCAUAUGAAUAAUAACACAAACAAUAAUGAAAUAAUAUAUACUAAAGAGAAAUUAAAAGAUAUAAAAGAAUUAAUUAAUCCAUUAAAUCUACAUAAUGAUUCAAGAAUACCAAAUGAUUAUAUUAAUCAAAAAAAUAUAUAUGAAAAUAAUAAUAAUAAUAAUAAUAAUAAUAAUAAUAAUAAUAAUAAUAAUGAUAAUAAUAAUGAUAAUAAUAAUAAUAAUAAUAAUAAUAAUAAUAAUAAUAAUAAUAAUAAUAAUAAUAAUAAUAAUAAUAAUAAUCGAAGAGCUACUACCAAUUUUGUAAAUAAUUAUAACACAAGAAUUAAUGUGCUUCCUUCUAAUAAGGAUAAUCGAGAAAUCUCUAGAACCUCUACCACAGUUUCUGUAAGUCUUAAAGCAAAUAUCCUUAAAAAUAAUCAACAGAAAAAAAAAAAUAGUAAAACUCUGAAUGUAGCAAAUAAAAGACCAAAUAAUAUACUUACUCAGGAACAAUGGGAAUAUAUAGAAAAAAUUAAAAACUACCUCUAUGCUACCUAUUUAAAAGAAAAGGAUAAGGAACACAACCAUAUUUUAAAUAGUAAUAAAAAUAGUACAAAUACAAAUGAAAAAGAAAAAGAAUGUCAUAAUGAUAAUUAA